GUAACAUUUUCCUUUUCGGAUAUGGUUAAGUUUGUAGUUAUUAUAUAUGUGAAUUGAUCGGUAAGCCAGACAAACAAUUGGAACCAAAAAAUUUCAAUUUCCUUUUCCGGUUUUCCCUUCCAAAUCCGCAAGCAAAAGCAGAGUCUUCUGUCAAUUGGUCUGAGCCAUGGCGACGGAAAACUGCACCGCGGCUUCUGAUCUGGCUCUCGGCGCACGGUUCCGCCCUGCUCGAGUCUGCGGAAAACGACGCCUCCGUUCAGAAGUAAAUCCUCCUACUCCAGCGAUAAGCAAACUGGGAGACGAUCUCCUCACAGAAAUUCUGGUUCGCGGUUUCCCGGAUCCUAGAUCCGCCUGCCGGAGCAGAGCCGUAUGCAAGCAAUGGAGAUCCCUGAUUUCCGAUCCCUGCUUCGGUCGCCGCUUCCUUUCUUACCACCAGAGCAUGAACAAACACCCUCCUCCCAAGCUUCUUCACUCGACUGACACGAAAUCUGUCUCACUGAGCUUUAUCCCCUGGCCCGCCGAUUGCGCCUCCAAUAUACGGUUGGAGCUGGCAAGUUUCGCAGUUUUUGAUUGCUUCAAGGACCUGCUUUUAUGUGGCUUUGGGGAACUAGGUUACCGCCAUACUAGUGCUGAACUUGGCAGAACGUACUUGCUGUGCAAUCCGUUUACGAAGCAAUGGAUGGCACUUCCUUUGGCCCCUGAUAGACCAGUGGGGCAUUCGGGAUUGCGUGCAAGAUGCGAAUUCCAUGAAACUAGAUGUGUUCUCUUCGGAGUCUGGAGAAUGGACCAGGGAGGCGUUUGUUCUUGAAGGUGCUGUGCACUUGAUUGUGUUUGAGGAGGGCACUAGACCUGCUUCUUCGAGGAUUGUUUUGAGUGUUUGGAGGUUAAACGAAGACUGUAAAUUCUGGAGGAAGGUAUGCGCAGGUCUGGUCAAGUCAUCCUCAGACGGGGAGGGCAGCUAGAGUUCUUCGCUAAACUAGCUCAACAUUGUAGUGGUUGGAGGGUGUUCCAGACUAAGGUCUCUUGCUGGCCUACUCCAAUUCCAAAGUACCAGAAGUUGCGAGUUAGGUACGAUGGAAUCUUCGACUGUUGGGAUCAGUUUGAUGAACCCGAACCAAUAACUCCCUUGAUAACUGGUACUUAUGUUACUUCGACUUCUGAGAAUUUGCCUUUUGAACAAAUAGAAGAAUGGCCACCCGUUAACAUUUAACGGUCAAUUGUAAAAGUUGACUGCCACAUAAGCAAAGUUAACGGAGUUGGACGGAGAGUGACCGAGUUUGAACUAUUUAACUAAUUUUAGUGACUGCGAAC